UUUACAGCAUCCGUUGGGGAGAAGAAGACCUGCAUCUAUUGGAUUCAGGAGGAGGAUCUGUUAGAGGAACGUCCAGUCACGACAUUCGACACUUAACCGCAAGUUCGCGCGCAAAGCCGCAAACAGAUCACAGGCGCCAAGUAUGUCGGCCGAAUAAAAUUUUGUAGGAAAAGGCCCAACCCCACAAAUUGGACUGCUCGUAACAUGGACCCAAUAACAGCCUGUUUCCAACUUUGAAGGUCCAUCUAGCCUCCUCAAGGCCGCCGUCCACUCCUCUCCCAGGUCCCGAGUGCCCCGAGUCCGGACGCUUCUCUCUAUCCAGCUCAUCUCCGAUGGCCGUUGUCGCAUAGAGCCAUCGGCAUGCCAUCUCCGCGGCGGCCGCUCGCCUCACCAUGCCGCGGCCGGGUCAUCCUCCUCGUCCCGGCGCUGCUGCUGCUAUCCUCCGCUGCGCGCAGCGCGGAGGAAUCGACGAGGGUGCUUAGCGUCGGCAAGGAGCUGGUGGGCGAGACGAUGGCGCUAUGCCACGGCCGGCGGGUCUACAGGGUCGACGGGCUGCGGCCGUCCGCGUGGUACGAAGUCAAGAUCUCCUACCCGGCCUCCAUACCGUCCAGCUUUUCGAUUCGGCUCGUGGACGAUCCUAAAGAUGCCGAUAGGAGCAGCAAGAACAGGAGGCUGCUCAACACGGAGAAGAUAAUUUUCAAGGCUGAGGGUAGCAGCCCGGUUUAUGUUCUUGUCACUGUGGAGCCGGAGGGUGUGGUGGCCAAGCCAAAUGUGCCGGAGAGAGCACUCGUGCUUUUUAACAUUGUCUGCGAUGAACUUAUGCUUGGGAUCCCAGUUUUUGCCUGGUGGGUUGGAAUCGCAGCACUACUCUGCAUCAUGCUGGCGUCGCUGGCACCACUUGUUCUCCCGCUGCACAAGCUCCUCAACUAUGAAGGCUUGGACCUGAGCAAAGCUGAUGCCGCGAAGAUGUCAUGAUAGGUGAAAUAGGGUUGCAAGACUCUCGUGCUCAAUUUUGCAGAGAGUAGGCAACUGUAGAUGAUCCAUGCAUCUGACAGUGAUUGUUGUACCCUGGAGUUUAGUGCUCUACACAUCCACUCCAAUCCUGUAGCUGACAUAUCAAUUGUUAAUCUCUACUACUAAAAAGACUAAAA